CGGGCUCGCGGCCCUGCCCCCCCCCCCUCCCCAAGAGCGCUCGCUCCCGCAGCGGCAGCGCCCUGCAGCUCGGCACCUGGCGGGGCCGCGCAGCCAGUGGAGUGGGUGGUGCAGGGCAGGGGUGGUAUAUCCAGUCUGACCGAGGGCGGGCCCCGCCAGUGCCAGCAGAGGGACGAGCCGGGGUGGAGGCGCCAGGAGCCGCUGCCGGGAGCCUCACGCGGACCUCUCACUCUAUGGCCCUCGGGAGCCGCUGAGCGCCAGCAGAGCCGCAGCUGCCCGCCCGCCCGCCCGCCCCGCCGCACCUCGCCGCCCCUCUCGGCUCUCGCACGCCCGGCCCGCGCCUCCCGCCGCCAUGAACCACUCGCCGCUCAAGACCGCCUUGGCCUACGAAUGCUUCCCCGACCAGGACAACUCGACGCUGGCUUUGCCGUCGGACCAAAAGAUGAAGACCGGCACGUCGGGCAGGCAGCGCGUGCAGGAGCAGGUGAUGAUGACCGUCAAGCGGCAGAAGUCCAAGUCUUCCCAGUCGUCCACCCUGAGCCACUCCAACCGAGGUUCCAUGUAUGAUGGCUUGGCCGACAAUUACAACAACUAUGGGACCACCAGCCGGAGCAGCUACUAUUCCAAGUUCCAGGCGGGGAAUGGCUCAUGGGGUUAUCCGAUCUACAACGGGACCCUCAAGCGGGAGAAUGACAACAGACGCUUCAGCUCCUACAGCCAGAUGGAGAACUGGGGCCGGCACUACCAACGGGGCAGCUGUAACGCAACGGGCGCCGGCAGCGACAUCUGCUUCAUGCAGAAAAUCAAGGCGAGCCGCAGCGAGCCCGACCUCUACUGUGACCCUCGGGGCACCCUGCGCAAGGGCACACUGAGCAACAAGGGCCAAAAGACCACCCAGAACCGCUAUAGCUUCUACAGCACCUGCAGUGGCCAGAAGGCAGUCAAGAAGUGCCCUGUGCGCCCGCCCUCCUGCACCUCCAAGCAGGACCCGGUGUACAUCCCACCCAUCUCCUGCAACAAGGACCUGUCCUUCGGUCACUCGAGGGCCAGCUCCAAGAUCUGCAGUGAGGAUAUUGAGUGCAGUGGGCUGACCAUCCCCAAGGCCGUGCAGUACCUGAGCUCCCAGGAUGAGAAGUACCAGGCCAUCGGGGCCUAUUACAUCCAGCACACCUGCUUCCAGGAUGAAUCGGCCAAGCAGCAGGUCUAUCAGUUGGGAGGCAUCUGCAAGCUGGUGGACCUCCUCCGGAGCCCCAACCAGAACGUCCAGCAGGCUGCGGCUGGGGCCCUGCGUAAUCUGGUGUUCCGGAGCAUCACCAACAAGCUGGAGACCCGGAGGCAGAAUGGGAUCCGAGAGGCUGUCAACCUCCUGAGGAGAACCGGGAGCACUGAGAUCCAGAAACAACUGACUGGGCUGCUCUGGAACCUGUCAUCCACUGAUGAGCUGAAGGUGGAACUCAUCGCCGACGCCCUGCCUGUGCUGGCUGACCGGGUCAUCAUUCCCUUCUCCGGCUGGUGUGAUGGCAACAGCAACAUGACCCGGGAAAUAGUGGACCCUGAGGUCUUCUUCAAUGCCACAGGCUGCUUAAGGAACCUGAGCUCUGCCGAUGCAGGCCGCCAGACCAUGCGAAACUACACGGGGCUCAUUGAUUCCCUCAUGGCCUAUGUCCAGAACUGCGUGGCCGCCAGCCGCUGUGAUGACAAGUCUGUGGAGAACUGCAUGUGUAUCCUGCACAACCUCUCCUACCGCCUGGACGCCGAGGUGCCCACCCGCUACCGCCAGCUGGAGUACAACGCCCGCAAUGCCUACACGGAGAAGUCCUCCACCGGCUGCUUCAGCAACAAGAGCGAUAAGAUGAUGAACAACAACUACGACUGCCCCCUUCCGGAGGAAGAGACCAAUCCCAAGGGCAGCAGCUGGUUGUACCACUCGGAUGCUAUCCGCACCUACCUGAACCUCAUGGGCAAGAGCAAGAAAGACGCCACCUUGGAGGCCUGCGCUGGUGCCCUGCAGAACUUGACCGCCAGCAAGGGGCUGAUGUCCAGUGGUAUGAGCCAGUUGAUUGGGCUCAAGGAAAAGGGCUUGCCCCAGAUUGCUCGCCUCCUGCAAUCUGGCAACUCUGAUGUGGUGCGGUCCGGAGCCUCCCUCCUGAGCAACAUGUCCCGCCACCCUGUGCUGCACAGAGUGAUGGGGAACCAAGUAUUCCCAGAGGUGACCAGGCUCCUCACCAGUCACACUGGGAACACCAGCAACUCGGAAGACAUCCUGUCUUCAGCCUGCUACACUGUGAGGAAUCUGAUGGCCUCCCAGCCGCAGAUGGCCAAGCAGUACUUCUCCAGCAGCAUGGUCAACAACAUCAUCAACCUGUGCCGCAGCAGCACCUCGCCCAAGGCUGCAGAAGCUGCCCGCCUCCUCCUGUCUGACAUGUGGUCCAGCAAGGAGCUGCAGGGUGUCCUCAGACAGCAAGGUUUGGAUAGGAACAUGCUGGGAUCCUUAACUGGGCCAAACAGCUUCAGGAACUUCACCUCCCGAUUCUAAGAAGGGGCUGCUCAAGCAAGUACAGAUUGCAGAAAUGAUGUGACCCAGCUGAGAAGAACUCAGGCCUUGCUGGAGGGGUGACUCUGUCCACCCUGUGCAUUGUUUAGAAAGGUUCAAAUGCAAUUGAAAGCAAACCUGAAGGCUGCGGAUGAUGGAAAUAUUUUUAGAUUUUUUUUUUCCUUGGGGGAACUGGCA